GACGCGCCGCUCGCUCGAACGAACGAACGAACGAACGCGACCGAACGAAAAAAACGAACGAACGAAACCCUUCAUGCUCUGCUCCGCGCUGAACGCGCGAACGACGACGUGCGGACGAACGACGACGAUGCGAGGCCUGGCGUUGGGAAGACGCGCGGCGCGCGUCGGCGCGCGAGGCGUCGGGACGACGACGCGCGCGUCGCAGGCGGAAUCUCAAACCGCGACGAGCGAACAACAACAGGGAGAACAAUCUCAGCAAGGUGGUUUGCAGCGACAGCAAGAGCAGAAGCGAGCGCUGGCGCGGUCGCCGUUGUCUUCUAUGAUGGCGUUUCCGAGUCUGAUGUCGGGCAUGACGCCGUUCGGGUUGUCGAGAAGCAUGCAGAGAGAGAUGGCGAACAUGAUGAACUUGAUGGAUGACAUGAUGACGGGCGGGGCUCUGGCGCCGUUUGAGACGCUGGAUCCGUUUAAGAUCACGAUGCACGCCGAUCACACGCAAGGGGUGCCUCAACAAAUCUUGAACUUUCCGAUGGACGUGAUUCAAAAGAAGGACAAGUACAUCGUCAAGGCUGAUUUACCGGGCCUGUCGAUGAAGGAUGUCAGCGUCGAGGUGGACGAAAAGAAUCGCAUCUUACACGUCACGGCAAAGCGCGAGCACCGAGCCGAAGAACAAGACGAAACCGUGGACAAGGGCGCGAAGUGGGUCGCGUACGAACGGUUCUACGGCAAGAUGGAUCGCUCGUUCGGCCUUCCCGAAGACGCGGUGGCGGAAAAAGACGCCAUCAACUGUCGAUUGGUGAACGGCGAGCUCACGGUGUCCAUCAAGCGCAACCCGCCGCAGGAGGAAGAGGCCGAGAAGCAGGCGCCGCGCACGAAGAUUCCGAUCAUGGAUCACUAAAGCAGUGUGUGUGGUCGUGAUCCAGGCCGGACAAUCAAGACUUUGCGUUCGCGAAUCGCUGGUUCGCGAGCGUCGAUACGGUAGUCUCGAACUCAUUUUAGUUUUGUCUU